ACGUAUCGGUUGAACAAGUGCGUCUUACUUGAAUGAUCUCGCGAUAAAAGACGCGAUUUUACAACCUGAGACGAAUUCCGUUCAUUCUCUCAAUCAAACUUCACGUGAAUAGUUAUUAUAAUCAAUUGUAUAAGAAAAUAAUGAAAAGUGCUCUGAGAUACGCUACGUAUAUAACAUUUGCGGUAAACGUUCUCAUCUGUUCGGGAUGUCCUCACGAAACAGAAAAUGUGAAGGCUGCAUACAAAUCUGGCGAAGUGGUAGACCAAAGUGUACCAAUAACUCUCGCCGAUAUCAAGAGGAAACUAAAAGAAAGCGGCAUCUUCAACUGGCAGGACUCCUCGUUGACUGAUCGAGAGAGAAAAGAACUGAACAAGUUAUUCGAAGCUGUUGAAAUUAUGACGACAUCCCGAGCUCGUCAGCCAUCGAACGUUCAGAAUAUAUUCUAUUCGCUACGUCUCGUCGAAAGAGCGCUUAAGAAACAACUUAAAGAAGGCCAGAUAUCAGAUACGUUGGCUGGUAAAUUCCACUGGGAAAAACUGUUCCCUCGACGCAGACAAGAAAAAUCAACGUAUUAUUUAGAUAAGAAAACGAAUAUGAGAGUUUUUCACAUUAACAAUAAAUAGUAUUAAAUUAAAUGUUUAAGAAGAAAUAAAUGGUUGUUGAAUAGAAUAAGGAUGCUCUCUCGAGAGUUAUAAACAUUUGAUCAUCAUAGCAGUGUUGCUAGUUUACAAUUUCAAAAUUAUGAAGUACUAUUUUUUUAAUUAUAUUGUAACAUUGUAUAAAAUAACUUUUAAUGUAGGUUUCAUUUAAACUGUAAAAAUUUAGCAAUAUAAACGACCAUGUUAAAUAUGACUAUUGACUAUGACUCCCGUUAUAUUUUUAAAAGUGCAAUUUGAUAGGUAUUAAUUUUUUUUUCUGUUACUAUAUAUAAAUGAAUGUCCAUUUUGUGUGUCCCCUAUGAGCUUUUAUUCUAGAACGGGACGUCAUUAAUCGAGGUCCUCCUUUCCUCCGGCGGUUUACGUGUGAUAAGUGUAAGGAUCCUUUCGAGCAUCUGUUGUUAUAUAUACGUGGUGCAAAAUAUCGCUUGCGCGAUUUAGAACCGAAAAUAAUCAAUUAGCGCCAAAUACAAGUAUUGGUUUGUAAUACUUAAUUGCAUAGAAUAAUUAUUUCUUUGCGAGCAACUUAAUUUUAAUAAGUGUUUCGAACUCUAACUAAUUUGAUAAACAUAAGACGAAAAAUAAAAUAUCUGUUCAUUUAUA